AUGUGCCUCCACUUCAACUCAAGCCAGCUUAUGUUUGAUUAUAUCCUCGGUAAAACAGUAAAAAUUAUUAACGGCGAAGAUGCAAAUAUUAAGGAUUUUCCAUUUAUGGUCUCGUUUAGAAUGCCAAAAGGAAAUCAACAUUUUUGUGGUGGUGCUAUCAUUACACAUUGGCAUAUUUUGACAGCGGCUCAUUGUUUAUAUGACAGAACAGAUUAUUAUUUGGUUAUAAAAAUUCAUAUGGGAUCUACCAGUGCUUGGAGAACAACUGAGUCCUAUAACGAGAUUAGUAAUGUUACUCUUCAUCCAGAUUUCCAAAUUUCAAGUACAAAAAAUGGCUCUCGCAACGAUCUUGCCGUGGUAAAGGUAUAUAAACAUUGUUUUUUAAUUAUUAAAUUAGUUAUAAAUAGGAUACGUUUCAACGAAUUUCAAAAAAAGGGAAUUCUUGCGAAAGAAGAGAAUAAACCAGGAGAUGAAGUUAUAAUGAUUGGUUGGGGACUUGUAGAGUAUCCAUCCACAUUCCAUAUAGAGCAGCUUCAAAAAGUUUCCACAAAAAUAAUGACCCCCGAUGCCUGUGUGUCGCGUACAAAGAUUCAAAUUUUAUCUCAAUACAUUUGUACCUUUACAAAAAUAGGAGUUGGCGGAUGUAUCGGCGACAGUGGAGGUCCAUUAAUUUUUAAAGACAAAAUUAUUGGUAUUUAUUCAUUUAGUACUCCAUGUGCAAGAGGUUACCCAGAUGUAUUUAUAAAAGUCAAGAAUUAUUUAAACUUUAUAGAAUCUGCUACUAAAAUGUAA